CACUCGUCACAAACCUUCGUCCCGGACAUCGUUCGUCCCCUCGCUCUCCCAAAACUGCGUGUGGCGCCUCGGCGGUCCGACCCCUUCCCGCCUCGCGAUCGGGGCCGUCGGUUUCCGGUCGGACGGAUGCCCGUGGACGUCGAGGCCGCGAUGCCGCCGCCGGCGUCCGCGUGCAGCUCGUCGUCGAUAGGGAAGGACAGCGACGAGUGCUCGCCGCCGGGGAAGGAGGAGGAGGAGGAGGGGGAGGUGCAGAGCGCGUACACGGGAGCAGGAAGGGGCCUGGCGGGGUUGGAGGCUUUGGAGGAGGCGCUUCCCAUUCGGCGCAGCAUCUCCAAAUUCUGCAACGGUAAAUCCAAAUCUUUCGCAUGCCUUAAAGAAGCUAUUACAUCUUCUGGCUCUGCGAAGGACAUCACUAAGGCAGAGAAUGCAUACUCCAGAAAACGGAAGAAUCUCCUUGCCUACAGCAUCAUGUAUGAAAAUUCACACGAAACAGCAGCAGCUGAAGUUUAUGAAACCGGACCUCCUAAGAGACCUGCCAGUUUCAGCAGAAACUCUCUGGUGACAUUGGCUAGUAGCAGUUCCAGGAGCAGCAGCUGUAUCAGCAUCGAAGAAAACGAGCCGCCCGAGCAGCUCCAAUCUCGUCGGUCACCUGAUGAUUGUGAGAACUCCAAUUCUCAGAAGAUUUCCAUGACACGAACAGGAUCGACAUCACCUGCUCCUGUGAGAUCAUUAUCGAUGAUGGAUUUGCAUCGUCUGCAUAGGUCAAGUUCCUCUGUUCGUCUCAAAGAUAAGGCGGAUUAGAUCAGCAUUCAGAGGAUUUCCCGUUUCUUUUUUGUUAUCUGUUGCUUGGGGUUUCUUUUUUGGCGUCAAGUUUUCUCGAUAAAUAAGAUGGCGCUUCAAGUUUGGUGGAGUAUGUGUGCGUGUAAAAUAGUUGGAUUACUGUGUUGUAAAUUAGCAUAACGUACUAAUAUCGUGUAAACUUGUCUGUACUCAUAUAAUCAUUUCAGCUGUAAAUUGACAUGAUACUGUAAUACCUUUUUUGGGGGAUACAAUUAUAAUA